ACGAAGUACUUGAAGUGUUCGAUUUUCAGGGACUCGGUAUUGCGGUGGAUGGAGAUCCGGACUUGCUGCGGUGUUUACUGGAGAUUUUCCUCAACAUUUGGGAAGAACAGAUGCUUAAUUCAGCUAAAUGAAAAGCAGUUUUCUUUUUCCUGCCACAGACGCGCGUAGCUGUACUGAUUCUUUGGUGAUGGUUACGAAACAUUUGGAUGACCCCUCCUUAGAUUAGUUGAUGCCAUUCUCACCAGUGCGCUGAAACCAAUUUCCCGAUUCACCACCGUCAUAGACAACAAAACACUUUCGUUUGAAUGUUAAAGGGCAAGUUGCAAUGUCUGAUUUCAAGAAUACAGAUACUGAGCCCCCCGCUGUAGUUUCUCAGUCGCCCCAGGGUCUUGCCAUCCGUGAUCCAGGGGUUUUAUCAUCAAGCCAAAGUUUUACUGAAAUUGAAUUUGUUAAUCGUCAUACAGUUGAUAUUGGGAUAGGAGAUACAUAUGGCGAUGUUAAACUUGCCGGUAAAGGAAGAGAUAGACGCCAUCAUCACCAUCGCCACCACCAUCGCAAUGGCUCGCAUCGCAGCUUCGACGCCCCGGAUGGUGUACGUGACGGCUCACGUGACAGUUUACGUGACGGCUCACGUGACAGUUUACGUGACGCUUCUCGUAGCUCAAACCGUGAUAGUUCUCGAAACGGCUCACGACACUCCACGCGCAGGCGCUCUAGAACUCGAUCAAUUCGUGAGCAGGAUCCAGAUAGGCCAGUCACCCCUCCUGGGGAAAGGGUAAUCAGAAUUCUUGGGGAGGAUCAGUCCACUGGGGAUCUAGGUUUAACACCAAAACCUAUAUUUUCCGAAAUGGAGGAGUUGCUUUGGGAAAAUGGGGAUUCAGUGUGGCGCGAAACUGCACGUUGGAUAAGAUUUGAAGAAGAUGUAGAAGAAUCGGGUAACAGGUUCUCAAAACCCCAUGUUGGGACAUUAUCACUCCAUGCUUUGUUUGAGUUAAGAAGCUUCCUGUUAAAUGGUGCAUUAUUGUUUGAUGUCGAUGGGUCAACGCUAGACCAGAUAUCAAGCAUUGUCGUUGAUCGAAUGAUCUGUACAGGGAAUCUGGCCCUGAAGCAUCGUGACAAGGUGAAGGAGACGAUAUUGAAGAGACAUAGGCACGCGUUUGAAAGGGAGAAGAAGGAGAAAGACGAGAAGAAAAGGGACGAUGAUAGAAAAUGGACUGAGCAUGGAACCAGAAGUAGAAGUGAACCAAGUGGACUGAUGAAACUUCCAAUCAUCAGAUCAUUUGGAAGCCGAGCUUCAUUCGCAGCUGACAACCAUAGCGAUAGCAGCAGCUUGAUGAAUCAUGAUCCUUACAUGCUUGGUAAAGCAAACAUUCAUUUCAUGAAAAAGGUACCACCUGGUGCAGAAGCAUGUAACAUCCUUGUUGGUGAAGUGGACUUUUUAGACAACCCAGUGGCUGCCUUCAUUAGACUUUCGUCAGCCAAUGAGCUUGGUGAUUUGACAGAAGUUCCUGUACCAACUAGAUUCAUCUUUCUUCUUCUUGGAACUGUUGGAAACCUAAGAAGAUACCACGAAGUUGGAAGGGCCAUCGGUACCUUGAUGUCAGACGAGGUCUUUCAUGAAAUUGCCUACAAGGCUGCUAAAACAGAGCAUAUCAUUGCUGGCAUUGAUGAGUUCCUUGAUGCAGUCACAGUCUUACCCCCUGGUGAGUGGGAUCCGUCAAUCAGAAUCGAGCCCCCAGAUCACCUUCCCUCACAAGAAGGAAGAAAAUUCCGUCAACAGGAUGUUUGCUGUCAGCCUUCAAAGGUUGAUGAGGAAGAAGAAGAAACGAAAAUGCGCGAAGAAGCUGGCCUGGUUCGGUCCGGAAAGUUUUUUGGCGGUCUUAGAAAUGACAUUAAGCGAAAGAAGCCCUGGUUCAUAUCUGAUUACAAGGACAGCUUGUCUGCUCAAUGCAUCGCAUCAUGGCUAUUUCUGUAUUUUGCUUGUCUCACUCCAAUUGUCACUUUUGGUGGGCUUCUUGGUGCUGCUACCGGUCAGCGCCUCGCAGCCAUCGAAUCUUUGCUGUCUGGUCUAAUCUGCGGAAUUGGAUACGGGCUUUUCUCUGGUCAACCACUGACAAUCCUCGGAUCUACUGGCCCAGUGCUUGUGUUCGAGUCGAUAUUUUAUGAAUUCUGUGAGUCCGUAAAGUGGGACUACUUAUCGUUCAGGUUGUGGACUGGGAUAUGGAUCGGUAUCUUUCUCAUAAUAUUGGUGGCAACAGACUGCAGUGCUUUCGUCUGUUAUAUUACCAGAUUCACUGAAGAGAAUUUUGCCACGUUGAUUGCCUUCAUUUUUAUGUAUGAAGCCAUCGACAAACUUCUUAAGAUUCGCCUCGAUUACCCAAUACACCCUCCAUCGGAUGGCAUGAAUUGUUAUUGUAAAGCCCCUUUAAAUGAAACACUGAGAGAAAUGUACGACUGGUCGGCGGUUGCAAACUCAAACUGCACCAAUGUUGGUGGUGCUUUGUCAAGUGGCUGUUCUUAUGAGCCAAAUGUCUUUUUUAUGUCGGUUCUCCUUUUCUUUUUAACUGUGAUCAUAACAUUCAAGCUGAAAGGCUUCAAAGAGAGUUCCUUCUUUCCAACAAUCUUCAGGAAGUUCGUCUCAGAUUUUUCAGUCAGUCUUGCAAUAACCAUUAUGACACUGUUCGAUUAUCUCGUCAGUGUUAAGACCCCGAAGCUCCUUGUUCCAGCAAAUUUCGCACCCACGUGGCCAGGACGUACCUGGGUUAUCCCAAUUUUAAACGGCAAUCCUUGGUGGACCAUUAUCGUUGCGUUUAUACCGGCUUUGCUUGCAACAAUUCUAAUUUUUAUGGACCAACAGAUCACUGCUGUCAUCGUGAAUCGACGCGAGAAUAAACUUAAAAAAGGCUGUGGGUAUCAUCUUGACCUCUUCGUCUUAGCGUUUCUGGUCGUCAUAUGUUCAGUCUUGGGCCUCCCGUUUUUUGUCGCUGCAACUGUCCUGUCAAUCAACCACGUUAGUUCAUUGAAGCUAGAAAGCGAGACGGCGGCGCCUGGAGAAAAGCCUCAGUUUCUCGGAGUACUAGAACAAAGGGUCACCCAGUUGCUGAUCUUCUCCACCAUUGGAAUUUCAGUGUUCUUAGUGCCAAUUCUGAAACUGAUUCCAAUGCCUGUGUUGUAUGGUGUUUUCUUGUACAUGGGAGCAUCAAGUUUGAAUGGCUUGCAGUUUGUAGAUAGGCUGAUGAUUAUGUUGAUGCCAUCGAAAUACCAACCAGAUCUUCCUUUCUUGAGGAAAGUCCCAAUAAAGCGUGUGCACAUAUUCACCAUGGUACAACUAGUGUGCUUGGUUCUCUUAUGGGUGAUUAAAUCAGUCAAGCAGACAAAGAUGCUCUUCCCAGUCAUGUUAGUCGUUCUUAUCGUGAUUCGCAAGCUCUUGGAUCGAUAUUUCUCCAGGCAGGAGCUCCAGUCCCUCGACGAUAUCCUGCCAGAAUUCAAGAGAAAGGAGCGAGAUGAGGAAGAGGAAUGUGCAAAUGACGAGGAAGAUGACACGAAGAAGCCACCACUAUCACCUGAUGGACAGGCCAACCUCAAGAUCCCGAUGGUGUCUGGGAAUAUUAUGAAGAUAUCCGUUCCGGUGGAAGAUCCAAUCAACAUUUCUGAAGAAGUGAAAAGAUGUGGCGUCUGGAAGACAGUGAAUUCUUCCAAUGAGCUCGCAGAGAAGCAAGGACACAAGCGACAUGGCAAAAAGAGUAAACGGCCCAAAGAACAUCACAAGUCGAACAAAAACCCGAAAUUGUCGGAAAUUGAAGAAGAGAGCUUUCUCAAACCUUCAUUUGAUCGUGAUGAUGAUGAUGAUGAUGAUGACGAUUCUCAUGGUGAAUUCAUAACAAUCAAGAUCGAUAAAGCGUCACCUGCAGUCUCAACGAAUAAUAUAAAAGACGAUGGGAUGGAAUCCGCGACUGCUGAGGAAACAGUCUAAUUGAAAUCGAGGCAGUGUAAUUGAAAUCGAGGCAGCAAACUGCAGAUUUUUAACAAAAGGAAUUUGAUAUUAUGCUAACUGUUGCGAACGGCUUGAGUGUGAUAAUGAAUAUAAAUAUAUAUAUGAUUAAGCACCCAGUUCCAUAGGCUUCGUCUCGCCUCUAUUUUAGUCUCCCUCCUUUUUUCUUUGUUUUCCGAUUGUGUCAUAGCCAUUUUCAUUUCCAGAACACACGUGGCUCUAUCUCUGGUGCCAUCUAUCCAUAAAAUAAUCAGUGGAGAGUAUGGCUUUUAUGGCGAUAACUGAAACUUUAUAUGGGGAGACACAAAGACGUCUUGUUGCCAAAUGAUAUCAUUUUUGUACUCUUUUGAUUCAAGAGAAUGUGCAUUGCUGUUACUCUGAAGAUAGUGACUGCCCCCUUGCCCUCCAUCCCCCUCCCGUAAGGAGCUCCCCCUCAAGAGUCUAUUAGUGAUUUCAACUUGCUGUAUGCAUGCAGGAAAAACCUAGUUAAAGCCAAGCUAUUAUUGUUGCAUAUAUCAGCUUGUAUACUAUAAUGUUUUAACUGUAAUCGUGUGCUAUUGCUGGCUGUUUUUGCUUGAAGACUUGAGCAUAACUGUAUGUCUCCUACUUAUUGAAAUGCACAAGACAUUAAUCGAUACGCAUUAUGCACCGUGUUGGGUAGAUAAGGGAAGUUUCAUUUUUUACUUGGGAAGGGACUGGUUACAAACACGACGGAGUUGGUUCAUGCAAUAAGAAAGUUCUACGAUUAUGUUAGCAUUUAAUAGAAUGAUAAAUUAAUUGAAAUUUUCAUCGCUAGUUAUUUAAUAUUUUGAUGUUUGUAUAAUUUGUUAGUGCUUUGUAGUGAUUAGAUUUUGUGUUUAGAUCGGCAAGCGCUCUGCAUCUUCACACAAGAUCAAUGUUAACUUAAUGCCAGAGGUGGAAGCUUGGUAACGCCAAAUGAAGGUAGGCCAUCACAAGCAGAACAUUACAAUGAUUGUUUGUGAGUAAGGUUUACAGAGCUUUAAGGUACAGUUAGCGGGAAGAAUGAACACCUACCUAGACUUUGCGUUAAUACAACGUUGGCUUUUCCAUUAGGGAGAGUCCCUUAGUUUUUACAGUAUGGAGAAUCCCUUGGCUUUCUCUGUAUGGACCAUAAGGAGCAUUUUCCAUGAAUUUCUCGUCACCUUUGACAAAAAGCUUUUUGUUGUCAAGUAUAAUGCCUCAAAUGCCCAAAUAUUCUAUUUGCCUGGACACUAUCGUCCAUUGUUAAACUCAUGACUACGAAAAAACAAAAAAUCGAUAUGCUUAACAUCCUCGUAUGCAAUUAUCGAACUAAUCUUGUUCCACCCCAUACCCCUUUUGAGUUAUACUCACUUUUUUUACUAUGAACACCUUUAUGGAACUAUCACCACGCUUAUUAUCAGAAGCAAUUCAAGAAAAACUUGCUACUACUGCUGCUCAUCUAGACAUCCUUUAUAAGAACCCAUCACAAAAUCGCCCAAGAAGUUGUCAUUGUAUUCAUAGCACACUGCAUUAGUAGCGCAGUAACUGAUAUAUCUGUACUUGAGCUCGUUUCUUUUAUCAAUGAAUAAAUAUAUCAUGCUUACAAGUUUUAUUUUUGCAUUGUCUCUGUAUGAUUGCUUUCUACGUGAUGGAAAGAGGAAUCCUUGCGACGAAAAGGUGUUCUGUUUCAUGUUAUGUUACGUGUUUAUGUUUCUAAAAGAUAGCUCUUAUAGGUAUUUAAGAACCUCUUACCCAAGAAAAGAAAUUUAGGAAACUGAUUACUAAUUUUGAGCUUUGUUUCUUAAUGAAAAAUGCGCGUGCGUGACAAGGUGAAAAGGGGGCAAAGCUAAUGUGCUCAAAGAGGCUGAGCCUCCUUUUCAAUGCCAAAAGUAACCAUUACAACCUCGUGCUAUUAUUUUCCCGGAAUUUUUUGUGAGGGCUUCCUUGUUCCUCGUGCACCCUGUGAAUGGUAUUCUAGUUACCAUUCUAUGCUCUAUAGGCUGGUUCAGAGCAAAGAAAAAACAAGCGGUUGCCAGGCGUUUAUUUUCAGGAAG